GCCGCGCUUACUGACAAGCCAGCGAGCGACUGCCCAGUGGGGCCCGGGCCCGGGCUCGGGCUCGGCCGCAUGCCUCGUCUCGUAUCCUCUGCUGCCGCUCUCCCGCGCCGGCCACCGGACCUCCCCUCCAGGCCUCCCAACUAUAAGAGCUUCUAGAACCUUCUCCCUCGGUUCACUGCACACUCAACUCUCGCGCCCCACGGCACGCCCCUCGCUGGCCGCAGCCAUGAACGCCCACCGCGACGAGGAGGCCGUCUCGCCGCUCAUCGCAGCGCCCGGCGGUCGGAGCCACGCCGCCGACGCGCACGUCCUCUCGGCAGCCUUCCUCUUCGUCUUCUCCGCCUACAGCGCCGCCCAGAACCUCCAGACCUCCGUCAACACCGAGGACGACCUGGGCACCGUCUCGAUGGGGACUGUGUACACCUCCUUCACGCUCUUCUCCGUGGCCUCGUCGCCCGUGGUCACGCGUAUAGGCCCCAAGCGCGCGCUCGUCGUCGGCACCAGCGGAUACGUGCUCUUCAUCCUCGCCAACCUCGUCCCGUCAUGGUACACAAUGGUCCCAGCUUCACUCUACCUUGGUUUUACUGCAUCGAUCAUUUGGGUUGGGCAGGGUACAUACCUUACAUCAGCUGCCCUCAGUCACGCAAGAGAAAAUAAUUUGCCCGAGGGUCCAACUUUAGGGAGCUUCAAUGGGGAGUUUUGGGGAAUGUUUGCUAGCACACAGGUGAUUGGAAAUUUGAUCUCGCUUGCUCUGCUGAGAAAUGGAAAGGAUGGUGGAAGUAUCACAGGGAAAAAUCUUCUGUUUGCUGUGUUUCUUGGUUGUAUGAUUGUGGGCAUUGUAUUAAUGUGUUUACUUUCGAAAAGAGAUGAGAAAAAAGAUAAUACUCCAACGCAUUCCUCAUUUGGAGCUAUGUUGAAGUACAUCAUUGCGCCACUUAAGGACAAAAGAAUGCUUCUCACCAUUCCUCUUAUAGCAUAUUCAGGUUUACAACAGGCAUUUGUAUGGGCGGUAUUCACAAAGAGUAUUGUAACACCCGUUCUUGGCAUCAGCGGCGUUGGUGGAGCCAUGGCAAUUUAUGGUGCAGCAGAUGUAGUUUGUUCUUUGGUUGCUGGACGAUUGACCUCCGGACUUCGCUCAGCAGCAUUUAUAGUGUCGGUUGGAGCUAUUCUUCAGGCCAUAGUCCUGUUCUGGCUGCUUCUUUUUUACAGUCCAAUGGAUGGACUGCUUGGCGCAGCGAUACCAUUAUUCAUAGGUGCCUUGUGGGGUGUUGGUGACGGUGUCUUGAAUACACAGUUAAGUGCAUUACUUGGGCUUCUGUUCGAAGAUGUCAAGGAGGCUGCCUUUGCACAGCUGAAGGUGUGGCAGUCGGGCGCCAUCGCAGUCAUCUUCUUCCUGAGCCCAAGCAUCACGCUGCAAGCCAUGCUUCUCCUGAUGGCCGCGGCUCUCGUCAUCUCCUUUGGCUCAUUCCUGUUCCUUACCCUUGUUGUUGAGAAGUCAUCGCCCGUCAGAGCCUGAAGUGCGAAACCAUUUCCCGAUGUCCAGACCGGCGCCAGCGUGACUUGGUCAGUGUUACCAGUGGCCUGGGCAGCGCCAUCGUUGUAUCCCAAUUUCACCGGAAACGCAGCAUCCGUCGAGUGCGAUUUGUGGCACAGUGGUACCAUUUCAGGCAGCCAGUAUCUGAACCGAAGCUGUAGCAGCUAGCAGUUCGUGCAACGGGGAAACCGUCAAUUUGGGCACGCUUCUUGCUUUGCCAGUAGUGGUCCUUUCUCCUUUUGCAAUGUCUGCACUGCAGCAAUGUUGUUGGAAAAAAAGGAUGUUGUAAGAAAUGUUGUUUCAUUUGUACCACGUCCUAUCAGAGUGGUCUUUUUUU